AGGAAAAGGCUAUGCGCUGCGAAGAGGGAGGAGGAGAGGCCCAAAGCUGACAUUUACCUCAGGAUAACAGUGAUCGAGCGGAGAGAAUUCAACAGGACAGCAGCCAACACAAUGGCAAAUCCUACCAGGAGGCUAUGUGAAGUUAGCCUUAAACUUUAGGCAUGAUAAUACAUCGCCUGUCUGACUGUUGGAAAUGGAAUUGAGAAACAACGGGUGCAUGCAGUAGCCACAUAUUAAAAUCCAGGCUGUUUGAGAAACUAAUUGUCGCCACAUUGAAUUGUUUGGUGCCAGAGCUGCUGUUGUGUGUAGAAAUAUCACGAUGUACAGAACGCCUGAAUGACUUCUGCUUCGAAGAUAAAACGUGUAGUGAUAUUAUUCUAGUCGUAGGUGUGUUCGUUGCGGUUAUAAUAACAGCCCUCUGCUCCACCAUUCUAGUAAAUCACAGGAUUACAGACGCGACGAGUUUGAGAAUUGGGGAGCAAAGCUUUGAGUUAAAGGCGGUUCUAUUGGCUGGCGGAAGCUUUUCUCCUUAGCAACGAUCCAAUUAGAAUAGCGUCUGUCCUGCCCCCUGUGACACUUUGGUGGGCAGGGCCUAAGAUGAUUGACGCGUCAGUUGUACUUCUCAGCCAAUAGAAUUUAGAGGUAAAAAAUGUGGCAGGGUGGAGUGAAGGCGCGGGCAAGAUUUAAAAUCCCGUUGUUCUAGGCGGAUCUCAUGAACUGAUAGAAGUGUAGCCGAGUUCUUUGGUGGUAAUAUUUAAAAUAUACGGCAUGUAUAGAUUUUAUGUUGAGGUAUUAAGUUAAGGACGAGCGUCAGGUUUACUUUUUGUGUACACUGUACUGUGCUCUUCGAUGUAUUAGUGGCGGUUUUGGCUAACUCGACGUGGUUGCAUACUUUUUUGUGAGAUCGAGAUAGUAAAAAAAUUAAACUAAGCUUUUCAGAUUUCACUUUGUCUAGUGACUCAGCAUGUCUAAAGAAAACAGCGACCCUAUUAACAGCAUUGAAUUCAUAAAAGCAGCUACUUCCGGGAUGUAAAUUCAAAUCUGCAACAGGCACGUGCUGUUUUUACUUUUCCUCAUGUGUGCUUUCACACAGCAGUUUACUCUCCAAUUUGGCACGGUGUUUCUGAAUUGCAGAUCAGCUAUAUUUCGCUAUCCUGAACCAGAAGCUCAGGAGCACCACUGAAAGACACUGUUUCUGCAUAGAUGAGGAAUUCUCCUAUGAGAACUUUUAUGCGGACUUUGGUCCCCUCAACCUGGCUAUGUUUUAUCGCUUCUGUUGCAAACUCACCAAGAAGCUCAAGUCUUUGGCGUAUGCCAGAAAGAAGAUUGUGUUCUAUACUUGUGGGGACAAAAAGAAACAAGCAAAUGCUGCCUAUUUGAUUGGCUCGUAUGCUGUGAUGCAUCUCCAGAAAACACCAGAGGAAGCUUAUGGCCUACUAGUCUCCAGAAAUGCCACUUAUCUUCCUUUCCGAGAUGCGUCAUUUGGAACGUGCAUGUACAAUCUGAAUAUCCUUGAUUGUUUAUGUGCAGUGCACAAGGCUCUGGAGUUUGGCUGGUUGGAUUUCUCCAAUUUCAAUGUGGAGGAAUAUGAGCAUUAUGAGAGAGCUGAAAAUGGAGAUUUCAACUGGAUUAUUCCAGGAAAAUUUUUGGCUUUUAGUGGUCCGCAUCCAAAAAGCAAAAUUGAGAAUGGUUAUCCUCUCCAUGCUCCUGAGGCCUACUUCCCGUAUUUCAGGAAGCACAACAUCACCACUGUCAUACGCCUGAACAAAAAAAUGUACGAUGCCAAACGGUUCACAGAUAUGGGUUUUGACCACCACGACCUGUUCUUUGUUGAUGGGAGUACACCUAACGAUGCCAUAGUCACCAAGUUCAUGAACAUCUGUGAAAGUGUAGAUGGUGCCAUAGCUGUUCACUGUAAAGCUGGCCUGGGUCGCACUGGAACACUGAUAGGCUGCUACCUGAUGAAGCACUUUAGAUUGACUGCAGCCGAGGCCAUCGCCUGGAUCAGAAUCUGCCGGCCCGGUUCAGUGAUCGGACCUCAACAGAACUUUAUUGAGGAUAAACAGUCCAGUCUGUGGGUGGAGGGAGAUCUGUAUCGGCAGAAGCAAUGUGAACAGGAAAAUGGCAUCAACAAAGCAGCAAUCACAGGAAUAUUGUCAGGAGUAGACGACAUUUCUAUCAAUGGGAUAAAUAAGAAAAGUGCACCAAGAAAAAAUGAAAUGUAUAAUGACGGAGAGGAGGAGCACAACAGCCUCACUCAGGGUGAUGAACUGAGGGCACUGAAGAGCAAGCGGCAGUCCAGGGCCUCCACAGGUUCUUUAUCGGUCAUUCUGCAAUCAAGCAGACAGAGUUGUAAAUCUGUAAAAUCUCAAAGUCUCUCGGAUAAGGAAGAUGUUAGAAAACGAUCCAGAACCUCACUAAGCUCAAAAAGAGAGAGCAGCUUGUUAUUACAUUCCAGACUUGCACGAUCUUUAGGCAAUUUGCCUGUACUGGCCAAUGAAAAGAACCAUGAGUUGUGUGAAGUUAACUCAAUGGCUACAGAUAGAAUGAGCAAGAAAUCAAACAUAAAGCACCUAAUCCCAAUCAACAAAGAACUGUGUCCAGAGGAAGGAAAAACCUGCACUCUUUGCAAUCAUUGCGCUUUACAAGACUAUGUCCUGCAGUCCCUAAGGCUAGAACACCUCUACUGCGUUAAAUGGAUGGUUUUGGAAAACAGAAGUGCAAGUAACUUCAUAAAGCCUGGAGAUAUAUAUAUAUAUAUAUAUAUAUAUAUAUAUAUAUAUAUAUAUAUAUAUAUAUAUAUAUAUAUAUAUGCGCGCAAAGUAUCAACAGUCUACUUUGACAAAGAUUAUAUUGACAAGCUUGAAUAAUUUUAUCGACAAAAGACAUUUUGUUUGUACAGAAAUGUUGGGGGGUUUGUAAUGCUAAUGUUAUAUGAAAUAAGAUUUUUUUUUCUUUAUUUUUCUAUUUUACCAUUAGAAUCAUGAGUCAAGGUCUAAAAAUUUAGCCUUAUCGUUAGUUACAUGUUUAAAAUGUUUAAUGGUUUAUAACGGUUGAUUUCUCUCAAAUUUUGAGCAUGUUUUUGUGUGCACAAACUAUGCCCAAAUGAAUCGGAAUACUUUGUCACGUUCUCAUCACAUGGGGUACCAACUUCAGGCAGGUGGUUCACUCUGUGCCCUGCUAAAAUCUGAAGGCUAUUGUGAGACUUUUUCAUUUAACAAUUUGUUCUGCAUUUGAAUUUUGUGUGUGAUAUAUAUAUAAAAUUUGAUACAUCUGGAGAACCUGUUGUAAAUUUAUACCUGUAAAUACUGUAAACUUUUGGUUUAUUCAUGUCCAAUUAUACUUCCUAUUUCCUGAGUACAUUUACCUUUCAUGUACUAUAAAGCUUGGUUUGUAAAGGA